AUGCGAUACUCGUUGGGCCUGCUGGCCCUGUCGGCGGCCACCGCUUCUGCAUCCUUUGUAGGGAAUCUCAACUAUCGCAGCCCCUCAGCCAACCAUCCUAGCUUGGGGGUCUCUGUUCCCAAAGUUGAAAAGAGGUCUGAGCCUGGAUCUGCCUUUGAUCCGGCGCAAUUGAACUUCACCCAUGGUGUGGCAUCUGGAGACCCAUAUGCUACCUCCGUCAUCCUAUGGACGCGCUGCUCCCCGAUGUUUGAUGACGUGAACGACAACAGCACCGUCUCCGGUCUAGUGCCGAUGUACAACCCCGUUCCCAUCUAUAAGGAUACGGAUGAGCAUCGGCCUAUAUCAAAUGCGCCCGUAUGCCUCCGCUUCAAGGUUGCUACCGACGAUAAGCUGAAACGCGUUGUGGAUGAAGGGACGGUUUAUACCAGCUCUGAUGUCGAUUACACUGUAAAGGCGAGUACUGUCAUUCCAAUGAACCAACAUCGUCGCCCCCUAAUUCUCGUGGAAGCAACGAAACUGAAGCCUUUCAUCACUUAUUACUACCAAUUCUCUGUCUGCGGAUCCAACAAGAAAAGCCCAAUCGGGCGCACCAAAACAGCCCCAAAGGCAUCUCGUUCGGUCGACCGCAUCAACCUGGCGGUGUUUUCCUGCAGCAACUAUCCAUUCGGUUUCUUCAAUGCCUAUGGUAACGUGGCACGGAAGGACUCUGUGGAUUACGUCCUUCACCUUGGCGGCUCCGGCAAGGAUAUUGGACGAUUGUCUCUACCAGAUCGCACCAUAUACACUCUCUAUGAUUACAGAAAGCGACUUGCAACUUAUAGGACCGAUCUUGAUCUCCAAGCCAAUCAUCAAAACUUUGCCUGGAUCCCGGUGUGGGAUGACCACGAAGUUGCAGACAACUCCUAUCGCGAUGGCUCAUCCGAAUUGAAUAAUACGGAGGCAUCGUUUAUUACCAGCGGCGGCAUCUCGGUGGAUCAACGGAAAAUGAACGCAGUUCGUGCGUAUUUUGAAUGGAUGCCAAUCAGACAGGUUGAUAUGGACGACAACCUUCGUAUUUGGAGGAAUUUCCAGCUUGGCUCUCUUGUGGACGUUAUUAUGCUCGAUACCAGGAACUAUGAUCGAUCGAUUACCAACCUGUAUUGGAAUAAAGACUAUGUCGACCAAUUGAAGAACGAACCCAAUCGCAGCUUGAUGGGCUCCAAGCAAGAGAAUUGGCUCUACCGCAAUCUAAUCCAAUCCGCUAAACGAGGAGCUAAAUGGCGUAUUAUUGGAAGCCAAAUAGUCUUCUCAUAUAUCGAUGAAUCUGCUGCAUUCGGCGAUAAUCGGGCCUUCAAUCUGGAUGCUUGGAACGGCUACCAGGCCAAUCGAAACCGCACGUUCAAGACUCUAUUUGAUAACAAAAUCGACAAUAACAUUUUAAUUGCAGGAGACAGCCACGCGAACUGGGUGAGCGACUUGGUCUGGCUGGGCCAGAAGGAAUACGACCCUGCGACUGGAGCCGGGGCAAUUGGCGUCGAAUUUGGAGGAAGCGCAGUGACAUCCUCAUCCCCAGCGGGACGCAAUAUCGACAUCAAGGAUUCCAUCAACGCCUCGAAAGCACUUGUGACAACUAACCCAGUUCUUCAGUGGUCGGAGCUAUAUUAUCGUGGAUACUUCGAACUUCAUAUCACUCCAAAGGAGGUUGAUGCUCGCUUUUUUGGUACUCCCAAGCUGCGAGUUCGUAACCCUGGUGAGAUUUCUCUGGCCAAUUUCACGGUUAAGAGUGGUGCGAACCGUCUAGAUCGUGGUCCUGUGGGAGUUCCUGCUGGAGGUAUUGUGGAGAAUGGCUGGCUCAAGGGUGGGAAGGUCGUCCAGACGAAUGUCACCAAUAGCACUGACACAGGUCGGUGGUAUAUUAGCAAUUAG